AUGGUAGAGGAUGAUCUCAAGAAGAAGGAGAGGGUUAGAGCUCAGAAAAAGAAGAAAAAUGAUAAUUCAAUAAAUAACGAGACUGAAGAGAGCAAAUACAUGCAUGCUCUACCUUUUCCUCAGAAGCAAAGAAGAGAAAAGUUGGAUAAACAAUUUAGGCGCUUUUUAGAAGUGCUCAAGCAGGUGUAUGUGAAUAUACUUUUCACAGAGGUGCUUUCACAGAUGCCAGCUUAUGCUAAAUUCAUGAAGGAGAUAUUGUCCAAGAAGCAAAAAGUGGAAGAGACAUCGGUAGUCAAGCUGAAGGAGCAUUGUAGUGCCAUCUUGAAAAAUAAGCUUCCUAAAAAAUGUGGAGAUCGAGGGAGUUUUACUAUACAUUGCUCUUUAGGAAGUACUAAAUUUAAAAACUCUUUGUGUGAUUUAGGUGCUUCCAUUAAUCUUAUGCCUUUGUCUAUUUUCAGGAAAUUGGAGGGAGAGAUUGGAGAGAUCAGGUCGAUCCUUGUGUCCUUGCAGCUGGCGAAUCAGACCACAAUCAUAUCUGAAGGAAUAGUGGAAGCUGUGCUGGUUCGGGUAGACAAAUUUGUGUUCCCAGUGAAUUUCAUUGUGGUCAACAUGGAGGAGAAUAGGGAGGUCCUACUAAUUUUAGGAAGACCCUUCUUGGCUACGGGCAGAGCAAUUCUAGAUAUUCAGGAAAGGCAGCUCAUGCUCAGAGUAGGGGAUGAAAGGUUGAUCUUCAAAAUGGAAGGAGAAAGGGGGGCCCUAAAAUAG